UCCUCCGUUCCAGGCCAGGCUCAUCUUGUUGCACCAGAAGGGGUACGGCCGGUGGCUGGGCGGGCAGGCCCGGCCGCAGGCGGCACCGCACCACUGCAGAGAAGCAGGGGCCAGCCUGCCGCCGCCCUCACUUCGCAGGCGACCCGGAGAGCUAAACCGGACCAGCCCGGCUCCUCGGUUCACCCCGGCAAGGCGUGCGCUCCGGCAGCCGCGGGGAGACAAACUUGGCGGGAAGGGUCGCGACGCUACGGGACGGCAGGGACGGGACCGGGCUCCCCCCAGCGUGCCCCGCUAUUCCCUGGAUACCCCCGCCCACCACCGCUGCGGGCGGCCGCCCAGCCCGCCCCGGGAAAUAUUUACAGUCUCUUUCCGGUGUUGAAAUAGAAGCUGAGAAGCAGAAAACAUGUUGGAAACAAUUGAUACACAUCGGGCCCUCCAGGCCAUGGAGCGCUUACAGACAAAACUUCGGGAUCGGGGUGACAUUGCAAAUGAGGAGAAACUGAGCCUAUUAAAAUCAGUGCUUCAGAGUCCUCUUUUUAAUCAAAUUCUGAGCCUUCAGACUUCUGUUCAACAACUGAGAGAUCAGGUAAAUAUUACACCUUCCAUACAUUCCAGUGGUGAAUUCCCUCAGCUUCUCCAUCAUGGUGUGAAUGUGGGGUCCUUGCCACUUAAUGAGUCAUAUUUGUUGGCUCAGCAGAAUGGCAACCCAGCUAGUGUGUUAGAAACAUCAGUGAGAUCCAUUACUCCUCAGAUUAAUGGGAAAUUCUCUAGUGAUGACUUUGAGCAGCUGAUCAGAAACAUGUCCCAGGGUCGUCUUGUUGAGACAAUUGACCUUAUUAAACCUCUAAGUGGUGGUCUGGGCUUCAGUGUUGUGGGACUCAAGAGUGAAAACAGGGGUGAACUAGGAAUAUUUGUGCAAGAAAUCCAGGAGGGAAGUGUGGCACAUAGAGAUGGAAAGCUGAAGGAAGCAGAUCAAAUCCUUGCUAUUAACGGACAAGCCCUUGAUCAGACAAUUACACAUCAACAGGCUAUCAGCAUUUUGCAGAAAGCAAAAGAUAAUGUCCAGCUAGUUGUGGCUAGAGGCACUUUUCCUCAGCUCAUCAGUCCUGUAGUUUCCCGGUCUCCAUCUGCUGCUAGCACAGUUUCAGCCCAUUCCAACCCGGUUCACUGGCAGCAUGUGGAGACCAUAGAGUUGGUCAAUGAUGGCUCAGGUCUGGGAUUUGGGAUAGUGGGAGGAAAGUCAACUGGAGUGAUUGUUAAAACCAUCCUCCCGGGAGGGGUGGCUGAUCAGCAUGGAAGAUUAUGUAGUGGAGAUCACAUCUUGAAAAUUGGUGAUACAGACCUAGCUGGAAUGAGCAGUGAGCAGGUGGCACAAGUUCUAAGGCAGUGUGGAAAUAGAGUGAAACUGGUAAUUGCAAGAGGUCCUGUUGAGGAGCCACUUCUACCAGCAGUUCCUCCAGGUACACCAGUACCCACCUCUACACCAGAGAAACAGGAUGAUGCUUCUGUUGAUAGCUGUGAAGAUGGGGAGAAAUUCAGUGUUGAACUCACUAAAAACAACCAGGGCUUAGGAAUAACUAUUGCUGGUUAUAUUGGAGACAAGAGAUCAGAACCUUCUGGUAUCUUUGUGAAAAGCAUUACAAAAGGCAGUGCUGUUGAACAUGAUGGCAGAAUCCAUGUGGGAGAUCAAAUUAUAGUUGUGGAUGGAACAAAUCUUCAGGGUUUUACUAACCAGCAAGCAGUUGACGUGUUGCGGCACACGGGACAAACGGUUCGGCUCACUUUGAUCAGAAGAGGUCUUAAGCAAGAAAAUCGUAUUUCACCCCAGGAGGACUUCAGUGCUCCUGUUGAGCAGGACUUGCUAUUCCAAACAAGGGAUAGUCCCACAGCCAAAGAUAACAAUGAAACAGAACAGGGAUCCCCAUCACUGCCGUGCAGUGCCAGUGUGGUAAAUAUUGGAGAUGAUGUGAAACAACAGGAAACAGGUUCUCAAGAUUUCCAGCUAACUAGUACAGAAGAAACGGCUGCAAAGAUAAAAUGGCAAAGGAUUAUGGGUUCAAAUUACGAAAUAGUGGUGGCUGUGGUUAGCAAAUUUAGUGAAAGCAGUGGGUUAGGGAUAAGCCUUGAAGCUACAGUGGGUCAUCAUUUCAUCCGAUCUAUCUUACCUGAAGGGCCAGUUGGACGAAGUGGCAAGCUGUUCAGUGGAGAUGAACUGCUGGAAGUGAAUGAGAUCUCUCUGCUUGGAGAAAACCACAAGGAUGUGGUCAGUAUCUUGAAAGAGCUGCCUAUUAAGGUGACAAUGGUGUGCUGUCGUCCAGUAGCUCCACCUGUUACUCAUCCAGAAAUAUUAGAGAGUCUAAGCCUAUCUGAGCUUCAGCUCAAAGAAAAGGGUCACAUAGAACUUGGAUUCAUUGGCUCCUCAGAUACAGAGGGAGCAACUUUGGAAACAGCUGAUGAGGGUCAGAGUAUGGAAGAGGGGCAAAGCUCAUCUCUGGCAAUGUGGGAAACAGAAGUACAGCACAUUGAGCUGGAGAAGGGGAGUAUGGGGCUUGGAUUUAGCAUAUUGGACUAUCAGGAUCCUGUUGAUCCAGCAAACACUGUAAUUGUGAUUCGCUCAUUAGUUCCUGGGGGUGUGGCUGAGAAAGAUGGCAGACUUCUUCCUGGAGAUCGGCUUAUGUUUGUCAACGAUAUCAACUUGGAAAAUGGCAGCCUGGAGGAAGCAGUGCAAGCACUGAAAGGAGCCCCAACAGGAACAGUUAAAAUAGGAGUUGCCAAACCAUUGCCUCUUUCACCUGAGGAAGGCUAUGUCUCUGCUAAGGAAGAUUGCUUUUUCUACACUGCCCAGUCACUUGAGGAGGAGGGGCCAGCUGAUGCAGCCCUCUUCCAUGCUGAGCUGGCUCUGGUGGACUCUGGCGAGGCAGAUCUAGCGGAUGAGUCCACCUUUGAAUCACAGUAUUCUCUAGAGAGAGACGUCUUCCAGGACUCAGUGACAGCUCUGCAUGACAGUGCUUGUAGCGGUGAGGUGAACGACAGCUUCUCUCUUCCAUUAUCAACUCCCAAGUCUAUUGGAGAGGAAUGCCCAAAUGCUGCAGCUGAUUUCCAUGUAUCUGAGAAGAAUCUGUACAACAUGAAUCUGAAUCAGAGACUGAGAGAUGAAAAGUCUGUAGUGGACAGUAGCCUGGAAACUGCAAGUGAUAUUGCUAAAAUGGAUCUUCUGACUCUGGAGGUUUCAGAUAUCAAACCAAAUGAAAGUGAAAAUACAGCAACAUGGACCGGAUCUCAGACAGCAUCAGAAAUUGUACUGAAUACAAUUGCUACUACCACACAGCUUGAUCCCAAGGAAAAAGAUCAGUUGCUUUUAAUGGAAAAGAGAUGCCCAGUAUCUUUGGAGGGAAAUUCCUCACCCCAAAAUUCAGACAAAAGCAUGUAUGAGAAGACUAUCACUAUUGCAAAAGGCAAUUCAAGCCUAGGGAUGACAGUAAGUUCCAAUAAAGAUGGUUUGGGAAUGAUAGUUCGCAGUGUCAUCCAUGGAGGUUCCAUAAGUCGCGAUGGACGGAUUGGUGUGGGGGACUGCAUCCUGUCCAUUAAUGAAGAGUCAACCACUAACUUAACCAAUGCACAAGCCCGGGCUAUGCUGAGACGGCAUUCACUCAUUGGACCAGACAUAAAAUCUUCUCCAGCACCUGCUGAUGAUCAGGCCCUGUGUUAUGUUAUUACAUAUGUGCCAGCAGAAAAUUUAGACGAGUACAGGGCCAGUAUGGGACAACAGACAGAGGGAACAGUGCCACUUGAACUUUUUCCUUCACAUAUUGUCAGGGAACUUCCAGAGCUUCCAGAACGUGAAGAGGGGGAGGGAGAAGAAAGUGAACUUCAAAAUGCAGCUUUCAGUAACUGGAACCAGCCCAGAAAGGUCGAACUCUGGAGAGAGCCUAGCAAGUCAUUGGGCAUCAGCAUUGUUGGAGGACGAGGGAUGGGAAGCCGCCUGAGCAAUGGAGAAGUGAUGAGGGGGAUUUUUAUCAAACAUAUCCUGGAAGAUAGCCCAGCUGGCAAAAAUGGAACACUGAAAACUGGAGAUCGGAUUGUAGAGGUGGAUGGAAUUGACCUCAGAGAUGCCAGCCACGAACAAGCUGUGGAAGCCAUACGGAAGGCAGGCAAUCCUGUAGUCUUUAUGGUACAGAGCAUUAUAAGCAGACCAAGGCCAGAGUCUCUUUAUAGCCCUUCUUCAGCUUCUGCUCCCUGUGGGCAGAAAACUACUAACCCAUUUUAUCGUCAGUCAUCUAAGAACCCUUCCCUGCCUUUUCUGCAGAACAGUGUUUUCAGUAGGCCAGCUGUCUUCAGCAGCACUAACCCAUUUGCUGAUUCUUCUCAGUUCAACGCUGCUAAGGAGGUAUCGAAUCCAAUUAGAGUUACCUUCCGUUGUUCCCCAACUAACCCUUUUGCUCCCACACCAUUCAAGGCAUUUGGUCAGUCUGAUACAGAGCCAGAAAAGACUUUGCUUUGUAACUUGCCUCUGCCCCCUCCUUCAGCAUUUUCAGGAAUGAGCUCUGAUGUUGCACAGUCAUCUUCUAUCAGAGUCCCAGAAGAUGUGGAGAAGGAGGAUGAGUUUGGUUACAGCUGGAAAAAGAUCGUGCAGCGCUAUGGAAAUCUACCAGGGGAGCUACACAUGAUUGAGCUGGAAAAAGGAAAGACAGGUCUGGGACUUAGUCUUGCUGGUAACAAAGACCGAUCCAGGAUGAGUGUCUUUAUAGUGGGAAUUGAUCCAAAUGGAGCAGCUGGAAAAGAUGGCAGGUUACAGAUUGCAGAUGAGUUGCUAGAGAUAAAUGGCCAAAUCCUUUAUGGAAGGACUCAUCAGAACGCUUCUUCAAUAAUCAAAUGUGCACCAUCUAAAGUUAAAGUAAUCUUUAUCAGAGACAAGGAUGCAGUAAAUCAGAUGGCUGUUUGUCCUGCAAAGUCAGUAGAGGCUUCACAGUGUACUUCAGGGACACUUCAGCAUCAAGAGAUUGACAUCAAUGUUGCAAACCCGAGUGCAUUUUCUGACUUAAGUUCAUGUAAAAACAUUCAGUAUGUGGAGCUUCCUAAGGAUCAAGGAGGCUUUGGAAUUGCCAUUAGUGAAGAAGACACAACUAAUGGAGUGGUUAUUAAAAGCUUAACAGAUCAUGGUGCAGCUGCAAAGGAUGGACGUAUCAAAGUUGGCGAUGUGAUUUUGGCAGUGGAUGAAGAAAUUGUUGUGGGAUAUCCUGUAGAAAAGUUUAUUAGUCUCCUGAAGACAUCCAGAUCUGUGGUGAGGCUUACAAUCAACCCAGCAGAGACAGAUAACCUAUCUGCAGCACCAGCCCUUCCCAGCACUGUCCCAGCCGAGAAGAGGAAUAUGCAACCACCAGCAGCUGUUCCCACUUCCAGCUCACCAGAACCCGAAGCAGUCAAAAACACAAGCAGGUCUUCAACUCCGGCCGUGUUAACCUCCGACCCAGCUACUUGUCCCAUCAUUCCUGGAUGUGAAACAACCAUUGAUAUCUCCAAAGGGCGGACUGGUCUUGGUCUGAGCAUUGUUGGAGGAGCAGACACUUUGCUGGGAGCAAUCAUUAUCCAUGAGGUAUAUGAGGAAGGAGCAGCAUCUAAAGAUGGACGACUGUGGGCUGGUGAUCAGAUACUAGAGGUGAACGGAAUUGACCUCAGGAAUGCCACACAUGAUGAGGCCAUUAAUGUCCUCCGUCAGACACCCCAAAAAGUUCGUCUGACUGUGUACAGAGACGAAGCCCAGUACAAGGAGGAAGACAUGUAUGAUGUGCUGAAUAUUGAGCUCCAGAAGAAACCUGGUAAAGGCCUUGGGCUGAGUAUUGUUGGGAAAAGAAAUGACACAGGUGUGUUUGUGUCAGACAUCGUCAAAGGAGGAAUAGCAGAUACAGAUGGGAGAUUGAUGCAAGGAGACCAGAUAUUGACAGUGAAUGGAGAAGAUGUCCGAAAUGCUAACCAGGAGGCUGUUGCAGCUUUGCUAAAGUGUUCUUUAGGUACAGUAAGACUAGAGGUUGGAAGAAUAAAAGCUGGGCCAUUUCACUCUGAAAGGAGAACAUCCCAGAGCAGCCAGGUCAGUGAAGGAAGUGGCAGUCUCUCAUCAUUCUGUUUCCCAGUGUCUGGGUCUGGUGCACCUGAGGUCUUUGAAAGUGGCCUAAAGAGGCAUACCACAGCUUCUGAAAUACAGGGACUAAGAACAGUUGAAAUAAAAAAGAACCCUACAGAUUCACUAGGAGUGAGCAUUGCUGGUGGUGUAGGAAGUCCUCUUGGAGAUGUUCCUAUAUUUAUUGCCAUGAUGCACCCGAAUGGAGUUGCAGCUCAGACUCAGAAAUUAAGAGUUGGGGACAGGAUUGUUAGCAUCUGUGGAACAUCUACUGAGGGCAUGACUCAUUCCCAAGCUGUUAAUAUCUUAAAAAAUGCUUCAGGCACUAUUGAGUUGCAGGUUGUAGCUGGAGGAGAAGUGAGUGUCAUAACUGGUCAGCAGCAGGAUCCACCUACGCCCAGUCUUUCAUUUUCAGGACUAACUUCCACUGGCAUUUUUCAGGAUGAUUUAGGACCUCCUCAGUACAAGACCAUUACUCUGGACAGAGGACCAGACGGCCUUGGCUUCAGUAUUGUAGGUGGCUAUGGCAGUCCCCAUGGAGACUUACCCAUUUAUGUGAAGACAGUGUUUGCAAAGGGUGCAGCAGCAGAAGAUGGACGCCUCAAGAGAGGGGAUCAAAUCAUUGCUGUGAAUGGGCAGAGUUUAGAAGGGGUGACCCACGAGGAAGCAGUUGCUAUUCUGAAAAGGACAAAAGGAACAGUCACUUUGACUGUGUUGUCAUGAACUGUCUACCUGACCGGCUAGGUUCAAUAAGACAAUGUUGUUUAGUUUCCACAUUGUAAAGAGAAUGGAAAUGUUUGUGUAGUCUUCUUGCUCUUUCAGCUUCACAAGACUGUGUUACAACACUGAAGAAAAAUAACAUUUAACCAUACUUUUGUAUACAUUAGAAGUACUUCUCUUCUUGUCAAACCACUGGGUUGAAUUUAUGUUGACAAUAGAAACACAUGGAUAUAUUUCCUAUUAGUAAGUCACCACGAAAAAACUGUUGUCAUUAAUAACCAGACAAGAAAACUGAAAAUGUUUUGGGAAGAACCUGCAUAUUUGAAUAAUGUCGGAAAAAUGAUAAAUUCACCAAGUCAUCACAGAGGUUGCAGGGGUGGCAGUAGUCAGAAAACAGGAAUAAGGUUAUUGAAGAAAGAAAAUAUUACUAAAUCAGAGAUUUGGGAGAUAAGGGGAAAUGUAUGUAAUCUGGAGGCAGAUGGUUAAUAGACAAGAUGAUUCUUUGGAACUGGAUGAUUUUUAAGGUUCCUUCCAACCCAAACUGUCCAAUGACCAUGUUAUUUCACAAUGCUCAAUAAGAGGAACUAGUUUGGUGACUUGGGUGGAUUUUUUUUUCUUGUCUUUUUGUGUGUUUAAAUUUUUCUAAGUCAUGAUGUAUCUGAAAAAAAAAACCACUGUGUUUCACUUGGCUUAGGUUUGAGGGUUUCAUUAUUUUGGUGGCAGGGGGAGGGUGUGUUGGUGGUGGUGAUGGUGGUUUUGGUUUUUGUUUGUUUUGUUUGUGGGUUUUGUGGGACUUGUGCUCACGGCUGAAAAAUUCAUUACUAGUGGAAACUGUUCCUGGUGAUUGAGAAUGCCCAGCAACUGCAGUAUUAGAAGAACUGUACCUUUAAAAAAGGAAUAUUUUAUAGUCCUUAUGGGUGAAAGCAACUUUUCUAAUAUGAAGUGUCUGUAAGCAAAGGUUGUCCUCUUCCAACAUGCAACACCGCGUACAGGGUCAGUGCAAACAUUUCUGCAAGCUGCUUGCUUCAGAGCCAUGAAAAAACCUCUCAGAGCAGCUCUGCUUAGCUGCUAGCAGGUGUCUGGAUAUUGCCAGUGUGGAAGGAGUUGACAUUAAUGGUAUUGCUGCCAUUAUCACUAGCAGCAAAGGUAGAGUCCUCCUUGGACUGAGGAGGCCUACAGCGAGGAGUCAUGGGUUGAGGAUGGGUAAAGACCUGAAAAUGCCUCGCAGUUGGAGGUUAGUAAGACAGUAAUGAGGGUUUGCAUCAGUAAUAAGCAGAAGAGGAGCUUUGACAGCUAUAACUAUUAUUUUGGGGAUAUUAAUUUUAGAGGCGCAGAUAAAAGCAUUUAGUAAAUAAAUAUAAUGCAACUGUGGAGCUUUGUUUGAUCAGCAGCAUGGUCAAUAAAUGCAUCACUUUCUUUUUACUUAAACUUUACCUAAAAACUGCACUCAAUGAAACAUUAGCUGAUUGUAACCUACCUGCCCUUGCCUGCUAUGUUCUAAGGAAUCUGGCAGAUAAAGCAUGCUUUUCCCAUGAUUUAUUUUCCUGCAGAAAAAUUUAGCUGAGUCUUUUGAGAGAGGAAGAUACCAGUCAAACAAGUAUGCUGUUUAGCAGGAGGAGGCUUUGUGUUCAUUAGCAAAAAUUGAAUUUUAGCAAGAAGGCCACUAUCUCAACUAUCACUUACGAGAAAUAUGAACGGAAAAUGCAGGCAAUGGUCAGACCAUUAUUAGGGGAUGAUACAAAAGACUAGCAUUCAUUUUAGUGGGUCACAAAAGCAGUAUUAGGAGUGUCUGUCAAAUAGUACUAACAAAUUGAUGGCUACAUGUAAGUGAAUUAACAAAAAAACCCCACUCUUUGUCUUUUUAACUAUUCUAGAAGUUACACUGUGGUAGGCUAAGAUGCAAUAAACUAGAUGGUACCGUUGCUGGAUGCUGCUGUUAUUGAAUUGCUUUUGUACUUAUUCUUUGCAUAGAGUGAGAAAUGCCUACAUUAUAAUAUGUAAAGUCACUUUAAAUAGUAUCUAUAUUUGUAACAGAAGUAGUGUACAGCUAUUUUGUUGCUGCUCUUGUUUCACAAUGGGGGAUUUCAAUUAAUAAAUUUCAAACUGUUGUGAUGAA